AUUGCCAGACUUUAAAUAGCAGCAACUUUCAAUGCCCGAAACACAGUCGGUGUUAGAAAAUUUUGGAGCAAUGCAGCUUUUGGCGCAGGGGCUCUACCUGCUGGCUUUCGUCUGGUUGGCAAAAGACAAUCCUCUGGUCGGACUGUUCGAUCCGGCAUGCUUUGUGAUGCGUGGAGAGUGUCCCAAUGAAAAUAUUACCUUCUGGCUUUACUCCAACGCAACUCGGGAUAGUCCCACCCAACUGGACCCACUCAAUCUCAAUCCCUGGGACUUUCAGCCCCCGCGCCCUCUAAAGAUACUGAUCCAUGGAUACACGGGCUAUCGAGACUUUGCCCCGAACUCCUUAAUUCGGCCAGUGCUGCUGGACCAUGAGGAUGUCUAUGUAAUCUCCAUUGACUAUGGGCCACUGGUGCGCUAUCCCUGCUAUGUCCAGGCAGUGCAAAACGUUCCUCUAGUGAGCAAAUGCCUGGCGCAGCUCAUCAACAACCUGGUGGACCGGAGCAUAGUUCCGAAUGAGAUGAUACACCUCAUUGGCUUCAGUCUUGGUGGACAGGUGGCGGGUCAGACCACAAAUCACUUGAAGCGAAAGUUGAAGCGGAUUACGGGCCUGGACCCGGCCAAGCCUCUGUUCAUCCUGGGCAGUGAUGCGCGACGCUUGGAUGCUGGCGACGCAGACUUCGUGGAUGUUAUCCACACGGAUGUACUGGGUCGGGGAAUGCUCCGUUCAAUGGGCCAUGUGGACUUCUACCCCAACUUCGGACCCCAGCAGCCGGGCUGCAUGGAGGAGAACCCCAGCGAUCCCGGGAGCUGCAACCACUACAGAGCUCCCCUCUUCUAUGCCGAGUCCAUUAACUCCACCGUUGGCUUCUGGGGUCGCCAGUGUUCCAGCUGGUUGGUCCACCUCAUCGGACUGUGCUCAACCAACGACCCCCAGGCCCUGAUGGGCUACCACGUGGCGGAGGACGUGAAGGGUUCCUUUUUCCUCAAGACAGCCAACGAUACGCCCUAUGCCCUGGGGAAAAUGGAGGACGUGGACAACAGCAGACACCUGGCCAAGUUCCACCUGAGUCCCGAGUCCAAUGAGCUCGACCAUGAAUUUGAGCCACAGCUGCUGGAGGGCUUCCGCGAGCUGGAGGAUCCCGAUAACCAUCUGCAAACAGGUGUGGAAGAUCUCGAGAGGCCACUGGUCUGGAAGAAUCAAGCAGAAGACGAACCUUUGUCAUAGGAUUAUUUGUGAUUUCUCUAGUUGCUUCGCAUAUUAUUUAUAAUUUAUUUUAAAUAAUUAGCCAAGUUCCCUGGAA